CCUUGUGGGAAACAAAAACAUUGUUGGUUUUAUGGACUCCAGCAUCACAGCAGUAGGUUCAGGAGAUGUUUGGGAAGUUCUCAUAUUGAUGGACUUCUGUCGAGGUGGGCAGGUUGUGAACCUGAUGAACCAGCGCUUGCAGACUGGAUUCAGUGAGACGGAGGUGCUGCAGAUCUUCUGUGACACAUGUGAAGCUGUCGCUCGACUACAUCAGUGCAAAACUCCCAUCAUCCACCGGGACCUUAAAGUGGAGAACAUCUUGCUGCACGACAGAGGACAUUAUGUGUUGUGUGAUUUUGGCAGUGCCAUUAACCGCUCCCAGGAUCCACAAACAGAAGGUGUGGCGGCUGUAGAAGAAGAAAUCAAGAAGUACACUACUCUUUCAUACCGGGCCCCAGAAAUGGUGAAUCUAUAUGGGGGCAAAGUUAUCACUACUAAAGCAGAUAUAUGGGCUUUGGGCUGCUUGUUGUAUAAGUUGUGUUAUUUCACAUUGCCGUUUGGAGAGAGUCAGGUGGCCAUCUGUGACGGCAGCUUCACCAUCCCUGACAACUCCCGCUACUCGCACGACAUGCACUGUCUCAUCCGUUACAUGCUGGAGCCAGACCCUGACAUAAGGCCAGAUAUCUACCAGGUGUCAUAUUUUGCCUUUAAACUGGCACGGAAAGAAUGCCCAGUACAGAAUAUCCACAACUCACUCAUUCCAGCAAAACUCCCAGAGCCAAUCAGAGCCAGUGAAGCCGUGGCCAAGAAGAGUCAAAACAAAGCCAGGCUCACUGAUCCAGUCCCUACGACUGAGACAUCCAUAGCACCACGGCAGCGUCCCAAGGCUGGCCAAGCUCAAGCAAUCGCAGGCAUCCUGCCCAUCCAACCAGCCCUCACCCCUCGUAAAAGAGCCAGUGCACCUGCAGGACCCGGCCAGCCAAUCAGUGUUAACAGUGCUUCCCAGCCUGUUUCCCAAUCACAGGUUCCUGUCGCUCAGCAACAAACCACGCCCACUCCAAUGCAGGCCACUCCCUCUCCACCCCAGACCACACCCCAACAUGCACAACUUUUUGUGCAGCAGCAAAACACAGUCUUCUUUACUGCUCAACAACAGUCUGUCGGCGGAAGUCGUGGGGUGCAUAAAGUCGGCUCCUUGACUCCACCCUCUUCUCCCAAGACCGCCCCUAAAGGAGGCCACAGGCGAAUUCUGAGCGAUGUCACACGCAGCACCAUAUUUGGAGUUCCUGUGAGCAAGUCCACUCAACUGCUUCAAGCUGCUGCUGCAGAGGCCAGCCUCAACAAGUCCAAGUCAGCUAGCACCACUCCCUCUGGUUCUCCAUGUUCAUCACAGCAGAGUGUUUAUCAGUCAGUGGAGGCUUCGGGACCCUCGGCUGGAGCCCCAGCAUCCUGGAACCCCUUUGCCGAUGACAAUUUCUGUAAACUCACAGCAGAAGAGCUGCUCAACAAGGAUUUUGCCAAACUGGAUGCUAAGACAGCCGAGAGAUCCUGCCCUGAAAAUCAGAUUUCUGGGUUGCAGUCUGUGUCUUCAAAUAAAGUCUUUCUACAGGGAGGAGAGAAGUUGAUCGAGGGUUUGAAGUCUCCAGAGCCCUCUUCCUCCCUGAUUCUCCCUGACCUUCCCUUGAAUGACCCCUUCAGCCCUGCAGACUGUAGUCAUGCUGGGAUGGAUUCUCUGAUCCCUGGUCUGGAUCCUCUACAGACUGAUCCUGGGUCAGCUGCACUACCAGAAUCUUUGGUUGGACAGGAUUCUCUUUUGGAUGGGCCGCUUCUCUCCCACCCCUCCACUGGGGGUCUAAUACUGGCCUCAUCCCCCUCAUCUCUCCCUACACCAUCUAUGGACCAGUUUACUACUACUGCUUUGAGUAGUGGACAGUUCCACCAGGAAGCCAGAAGCAAGAGUGAUGGAUAUGGAUCGCAUUCGGAGGGAGGUGACCUCGAGAACCCUGUGGAGGAGGGCUGUCUUCAUUCCAGCGAUGAAGACGAUGGAGAAAAAGAAGGGGGGAGGUCACAGGUGAGCGGCGAAGAAACGCCAAGUCUGGACUGCAGUGGCUCCAGACCGUUACUUCAAGACUCGGAUGACGAUGGCGACCAAAGUCCCGCGUCUUCCAGAAACCUCCAGAUGUCUUCCCAAUCUGAGGAACCAGUUGAAAACCAGUCCUCGCUGGUUUCUCAGAACCACUCGCCACAGCUGGUUUCACAAGCCCAACAUGCAGACACAGAUGCAAGCGUCGAUGUCUUUUCCAAAGCUCCGUUUCGAAUUGGAGAAGACAUAGACGGCGAUGGGGACGUGUUCGCCAAUGCGCCGUUUCCUCGUCUUCCAGCUCAGCCUCGACAGCCUGAUAUUUUCCUCCAGGCGCCCUUUGGUAGAAAGAAGGAAGCUUCUGGAAAGGUUUACAGCAAUCCGGCGGCCCAGCCGAGAUUUUCUUCCCUUGACCAGAGCAUCCUCGGCCAAGUGACCCCUCUGCCCUUUCGCCCCCAGGCACUUUCUAAGUAUUCCAGACACUACGAAGGACCUGUGAACACAAACCCUGAACACAGACCGAGCACUGUGACGUCUGAUGGGACUUCCACUGACCCCUUCGUCUCGGCGCCCUUCCACCUUAAGGGCCGUCAAGAUAAACGCUGAGAGAACAGCGUCUGUGAAACCGCAGAUUCACAGACGCUGAAUCUGAAAAGAAAAGAUUUGAGCUUAACAUAAUGAAAUGCUGUAUACCGAGUGUAAUUUAUUCAAGAAUGAAGCACAUUUAUGGCCUCUGGCUGUCUAUCUCUGGGUCAGCGUUUGAUUGUGUGACAUCUUUUGCUACCUCAGAUCAUUCUCAUGCUGUCAAGCUUCAUUUCUGUCCUGCGUAUGUACCACAUCCACAGAAACCUGAUUUAGUUGUUUUACAAAAAUUGUUUGGAUUGUUUUCUAUUAUGAGCAUGAACUUAAAAAAAUGAUAUACACCAUUAUGAAAUGUUUGUAUUAUUCGCCAUCUGUUUACCAAUGGUACUUCUACUAUCAAGGUAUACCAGGCAGUUUUGUAUAGCUCAGAUCUGGCAGAGUCGUACAUCUUAAUAAUAA